AUGUCCAGAACGAGCGAGCUGCUGAGCAGACUUGCGGACCUAUGGAUUGUAGGAAAAUGCAAAUGUUUUAUGCAGAGAUCUAAGUCUACUUCUCAUAUCGACUGCUUUCAACUCGAGCCAUGGGUCGUUGAAGAGUUGAAUGCUUGUGCUAGGCUUGCGAGCUCAAAGUUUGUGGUCGAUACACCUUCUGUAGCUGAGUCCGUCAUUUAUACCGAAAGCCUUGAUAGCCUUCAGCCAGAAUUUGCCACGGCGACU